AUGCUGGCAUCUGAACUACCCUACGAAAUCCUUGCCUGCAUUGGUCGAUAUUUACCCACAAAAGGGGUCAAUGAUUAUACCACUGUUUGCAAAGCCUGGACCUUGCCAUUUCAAGAAGCUUUGUGGGGAACUCUCUCUAUCAGUAGUCUGACUAAGGUUGAAUACAUCUGCAACUCAUCAUCUCAGCGGCAAAACAUAUUUCAGACGCACGGCCAUCUUGUGUAUGAACUAAAGCUGAAAUGUUACUUUUCCAUAAGCCACCAGCAACUUUCUGUUCUGCAACAUCAUUUCCAGAACCUGAGGCAUCUGCACAUGCAGUGUAAGAUGCUACAAACAAUGCGACUCGAAGACACAGCAUAUUGGAAUCUCUGGGGAUCCAUAGAGACGCUGAGCGUCCAGCAACCCAAACCAUUUAUAACCAACGGGCUCGAUGGACUAGUACAUAUCCUUUCAUUCUUUCCUCGGCUUAAACAACUCUCAAUAUCAGAAUACACAAGUUUCAGAAAGAUGACUUACACAUGGAAAGAUAUCGAAACCAUCUCCGUGUGUUUUCCACGGCUGGAUAAACUAGAAAUGAACAUACAAUUUGACGCCAUACCUACGGAUGAAGUGACACAUGUCAAAAAUAUUAUCCCCACGAGCAACAUUACCACCCUGUGCGCUGACACCCGAUACACAAACCCUCAGUGGUUGUACUACUUUGCUAUAAAGGCCCCGAACAUUAAUUUCAUGGAAUUAAAUGUUGAAUAUCACCAUAACGGAAGACCUGAAGAUUGGUCUCGAGCAGGCUCUAUGCUUUCGACUAUCCGGUCUCCAUUCGCACACCUCAAAGAAAUUAGCCUAAAGAAAUGUGUUUUCCGAGAAGGAUCACCGGCCGUGAUCCUUCUCAAGUUGUUUCACGGUCUAAAGGUGCCCUUGAAAGCGAUCUACUGCAAUAUGGACUGUGGAAUGGGCGGGGCAAGAGGAACACGUAACAUCAUCGAUAGCUGCGCCGGAUCAUUUUCAGAAAGUCUCGAAACCUUGAUAAUUGAAAGAGACAUUCGAUUAAAUUUCCAGUGUACGACCCCAAUAACCCUUUCGAUAUACCCUCGACUCACCAAGUUAAGCUUGCUCAAGUUUGAUGUUUGUCUUGCUCUGGAUGUCAUUUUGGACCAGUGUAUUUCCUUGGAAGACCUAAGCCUGGAUCUUCCGUGUGUCUUUGCCAACCAAAGUGGAUCUGAUACACCUUCUCAUGGCCUAAUUACUUUAUCCCUUUCCAAUUCAAAAGUAAAUUCGGGUCUAUUCAGCUACUUAUCCUCACGCUGUAGAAACUUGUCUUCCAUGACUCUGGAGAAUGUAAAGAUAUUCGGAAAGGCUCGGAAAGACACAGGAAGCCUUUACUGUGAGAUGCCCUACACAAAUCUAGAAAUAUUUCACAUGCAUGGCGUACAAUACUAUUCAUUGGAUGAUACUCAAGGCUCGCACGGAAGCCUUCAGUACCGUAAACACACCAACAACUUUGAUGAAAAAAAGGCGGUAUUGAUCAACUUGAUGGUCAUUGAGCAGACAUGUGACGCUUCCCUCAAUAGUGAUUGUGUUCCUAGGGGUCUCUCUAAGCAAACAUGGUUCCACACUUAUCUAAACAGCUCGACUGAGCCAAAGGCAAUGAUACGUGCGCUUGGAAAAACCGAAGAAAGCUAUGCUAAAAGAUAUCUAGAAUCAUUUCCCCAUACGCGGCAGCUUUUCCUCAGUCGUUCAACUAUAAAACGAGGAUAUUAUGGAUGGGAGCCCAGGCGCCUGUGGAGAAAAGAUUUGCUUCGAGGCUAUACUACGUGGCGUUGUGGUUAUGUAGGAAGAUUGGAUGCUAAAGCCUUUGAUGAAAAACAAGCGUUAGAGCAGCAAUUGAAACCGUUUAGUUGUAUUGAUAUGACAUCUCUGAAAAUACCCAAUCUAUAA